GACCGGGGCAGGCUCGGUGGUGAGGCCGUGUGGGCUAACGCCGCUCACUCCCACGCAGCGUGCUGAGGAGCAGCUAGAGGGUCUCUCGCCAUGUCGGCUGUGGACGAUGGGGGAGUUUUCCACAGAGCCCGGGGCAGGACUCUCGAUGCGUUUUCCGCAGGAACGCCCUGGCGGCAGGAGCAGACGGAGGACCUGCAGCGGGUGCUCAAGGAGCUUGACAGGGAGAUCCCGCUGGUCUUCGUCAGCGGCAACCACGACAUUGGCAACGUCCCCACAGCCGAGUCCAUCGCGGAGUUCUGUCAGACCUGGGGAGACGACUAUUUCAGCUUCUGGGUCGGGGGUGUCCUGUUCCUUGUCCUCAAUUCCCAGUUCUUCUACGAUGCCUCCAGGUGCCCUGCCUUGAAGCAGGCCCAGGAUCAGUGGCUGGACGAGCAGUUGAGCAUCGCAGGGGAACACCAGUGCCAGCACAGCGUUGUCUUCCAGCACAUUCCACUGUUCCUCCAGAGCAUCGACGAAGACGACGACUACUUCAACCUCACCAAGUCGGUUCGGCAGGAGAUGGCAGACAAGUUCACCAAAGCAGGUAUCAAAGCUGUGUUCUCAGGCCACUACCACAGGAACGCAGGAGGAACCUACCAGGACCUAGACAUGGUGGUGUCAUCUGCCAUCGGGUGCCAACUGGGCAAAGACACCCAUGGGCUGCGAGUGGUGGUGGUCACCGCCGAAAAAAUUGUUCAUCGGUACUACAGUUUAGAUGAGCUGAGUGAGAAAGGAAUAGAAGAUGACCUGAUGGAUUUGAUGAAGAAGAAAUGAUUGCCCUUUAUAAGUAUUCACUUUCCAUUGCCACUUCCACUCUUUUUUUCAUUUUGCGAGAAACAGCAGCUGCACACAGCUCCUUACUGAAAAAUGAAAGUAGACCAGGGAGAUUUGUGGAUUUAUGUCCUUUUGCAUAAAUCAGAGAGCUGGGCCGUAUCCUAAAUUAUAUUCAAAAUAGAAGUGCCCUCGGAAUGGGAGCCUAGGAAAAAAAAAAAAUGAUAUUGUAAUGUCUCUGCUUGAAUACAUUCUCCUAAUAUUGUGUUUCUCAACUCUGCCUUUGAAUGAGAUUGCUUUCUGAUAGCAUAUGGCUCGUGUCUUAAGUACCUCAGCCCUAACUUGAUAUGCAGCAGAGUAUUUGAUAAUUCCUGGAACAAACUACAUCAGAUUGUCUUAAAUUGUGGUCUCAACUCCCAAAAUGCUAAGAAAAACAAAGGUGAUCUCCCUUCUUUCCUCACAAAACAAAUCAUUUUCUGCCAUUACCAGUGGUAUUUGAACAAGGAGCCAAGUAGCCUCUGUUUGCUGUUCGAUUCUGAAACGUCCGUUACUGCUGAGGAUAGGAAUAGAAGACAGCUGACGCAGUCGCAGCUUCAGUUUGCCUUCCUAGUGACUAGAAAAGCCACCUUAGCACAUAAAUCAGCAAAAUAAAACAAAUCUCAUCCGACAGAUGCGCCCGAAGCCCUAAAAUGCUCUCCACCCCACAGCAGGCGCUCGGCGGCAGCGUGUUCUGAGUCUGUCCACAUUCACGUUCUGCUGCUGUGGCAACUUGGCAGGUUGGGGUUCUCAUGGGACCAGAAUAAACCAGUUGCCAUGGAGUUGGUUCUGACUCCAUAGGUGUCAGAAUAGAACUGUCUUCAGUGGCUGAUUUUUUGGAAGUAGAUCACUAGGCCUUUCUUUCCAGGCACUGCACCUCUGGGUGGACUCCAACCUCCCACCUUUCAGUUGGCAGGUGGGUGCAUUAACCACCCAGGGACUCCAAAAUCAGAAUGCCCCUCCCUUUAGGAGACUAUUUACUGUGCCUACUUUGACAGAAAAAGUAGAACUAGAUGCCGAAUUCCCAAAAGAAAGCUGGAAUUCCAGUGGAGCAAAUUCAGUGCUUGUGCUCUGUUAUCUAAGUUGGUGCCCGCUUGAUUAAAGAUACCAGUGCGUAGCCGUUGACAAGAGAGUCGGCUUGAAGAUCGGCAUUGUUUUUAUAUAAUUCGCCCUGCCGCAUCGUAUCAGCAGCCCCGACGCACUGUGUCAUUUCAGCCACGAAGUCCUUUCAGCGGAUGUCCCGGUAGACCAGUAAUUUAAGUACUCCGUGAAUCCUGCCAGGAAUUAGUGUUACUCAGCAACGUUCAGUAAUCCUAAAAACAACUUAAAAAACUGACUGGUUACAAAUGAACUGCAAAAGUCGUUAAAUGAGUCUUUUCUUGUUAAAGUUUUGAGUCACCCUAGCAAAAGCAUGGGAAAUUAAAUAGAAAGAUAAUUGGAUAUGUAAAUUCGUAAGGAAUAAAAGGUGAGAAGUUAAUUACACUACAGAUUGGUGACACACCAUAGCUCAUUGUUGUGUGGCACGAGAAGAUUAAAAAUUUUCAAAAUUAGAAUGCUGUUUCAGUGUUUUGCUGUGAUCUUCUGUGUUCAGUUUUCUCUAAACAGGUGUGGAUAUAAGAGGUCAAGAAGAGGAAUUCAGUAAGUGAAGUAACUGAAAAACCAUGUGUUUGAGGCUAGGAAUGUGGUAGCACUUUCAGAAUUAGAUCUACAAGAAGACUUGUCAAAGACCAGCAUCACACAGAAGUACCAUGUGAUCCAGUAAUUCCACUCCUAGGUAGAUACCUGAAAGAACUGAAAGCAGAAACACAAACAGAUUACUUGUACACCAGUGUUCAUGGCAGCACUAUUCACAAUAGCCAAAAGGUGGAAACAGACUAAAUGUCCAUCAAAGGAUGACUGGAUAAAUAAAAUGUGAUACAUACAUACAAUGGAGUAUUACUGAGCCAUAAAAAGGAAUGAAGGCCUGAUGCGUGCUACCACAUGGGUGGAAAACAUUAUGCUGAAUGAAAUAAGUCACAAAAGGACAAAUAUUACGUGAUCCCACUUAUACGAAAUAUAUAGAAAUAGGCAAAUGUAUAGACACUGAAGUGUAUUAGUAGUUACUAGGGGUGGGAUGGAAGGGGCCAAGGGGGAGUUAUUGCCUAGAGGGCACUGAGCUUUUGUUAAGGGUGAUGGAAAAAUUUGGAAACAGGUAAUGAUGAUGGUGGCACAACAUGAUGACCAUAAUGUCACUGAAUUGUACAUGUGAAGAAUGUUGAAAUGGCCGAUGUUUUGUUACAUAUUUACAAUAAUAAUAAUAAAAAAAAGAACCAGGGUCCUAAAUGUAAAGUGAUGUGACUCCUCAAUGGGGAGGCCUUGGGGGAGUGGAGAAGGUUCUUUCAUAAUGUCCAGAGGAAAAGAAACAUGGUAUGUACAUGCAAUGGACUACUCAGCCAGUAGGAGAAAUGCACUCCUGAUACAUGCUGCAGUACGGGUGGAGCAUGGAGACAUUACGCUGAGUGAAAUAAGCCAACCACAAAAGGACAAAUAUUGUAUGACCUUACUUACAUAAAAAGACAAGACAAGGCAAAUGUGUAGAGACCGAAGUUUAUUAGUGGUUACCAAGGGCGAGGGGGAGGGGAAAAGCAGGGGUUAUUGCUUAUGGAGUAAUGAGUUUUGGUUUACGGUGAUGGAAAAAUCACAUUGCUUAAGGGUAGGGUUGCACAGCCGGUUAUUUUAAGUGCUGUCAAUAAGUUGUACACCUGAAGCGAGUUGAACUGGCAAAAGUUGAGCGAUAGACAUAUGUCUUAGUUAUCUUGUGCUGUUUUAACAGAAAUACCACAAGCAGAUGGCUUUAACAGAGAAAUUUAUUCUCUCACAGCCUAGGAAGCUAGAGGUCCAAAUUCAGGGUGCCAGCUCCAGGGGAAGGCUUUCUCUCUCUGUUGGCUCUGGGGGAAGAUCCUUGUCAUCAUUCUUCCCCCGUCGAGAAGCUUCUCAGUGCAGGGACCCCAGGUCCAAAGGACGCACUAUUCUCCUGACUCUUUCGUCUUGGUGGUGUGAAGUCCCCUUAUCUCUCUGCUCUUCUCUUUUUUGUAUCUCAAAAGAGAUUGACUUAAAAUAAAACCUAAUCUUGUAGACUGUUCCCUGCUCAUUAACAUAACUGCCUCUAAUCUUGCUCAUUAACAUCAUAGAGGUAGGAUUUACAAUGUAUAGGAAAAUCACAUCAGAUAACAAAAAGGUCAACGAUCAUAUAAUGCUGGGAAUCAUGGCCUAGCCAAGUUGACAUACCUUUUUGGAGCACACAAUUCAAUCCAUAACAUGAUAAUGACAAUAAAAAAAAGAAGUAGCUGCUGAGGCUGCUUACGUACAACCAAAUACCUCAUGGGAUUUGUUUCCUUGGCUUGGAAAUUUAGGGUCAUGGUUUCAUGGCACAUCCCAGUUAAUUGGCCUAAUAAAAUGUUUAGUGUUUGUGUUCUGCCUCCUAGUUGGUUGCCUAGUUCCUGGGGUCUUAAAAGCUUGCAAAAGCAGCCAGCCAUCCAAGGCACAAUAAUUGGUCUCUUUUCGCCUGUAACAACAGAGGAAGAAGAAGAAUCAGGAAUAGGAGGAGAAAUGGCAAUGUGUGAUUAAUUGCUUCCAUGAACACCUGCCUCCUUUGCCAUGAGACCAGAACUGGAUGGUGCUCAGCUACCAUUACUGAACAUUUUGAUCAAAGAUUCCAUAGCAGAAUCCUGACCAAAAGGGGGAAAAUGCAGAACAGAAGUUCAAAUUUUCUUGGACUCCAGACUGUCUGGAACCAUGAAGGCUAGAUGAACCCCUGAAACUAUUGCCCUGAGAAAAUAUUUAAACCUUAAACCAAAAAUAUAUUCUAAAGUCUUAUUAAAACCAAAAAAUAGCUUAGCCUAACUAGAAUAAGAAUGUCUGCCUUGGGCAUUACGCUCUUUUAAGAAUUACCUAUAUGGGAUCAAAGUGACAAGAGCAACUCGAAAGAUUCGAUACGAACCUUAGGGGGCAGUGAGUUAAUGGGGGAGGAAGAGCUCAGAAAAGGGGGGUGAGAAUGGUUGCACAGCUCGAAGAACAUAAUGUCAGUGAACUGCACAUGUAGAAACUUGAAUUGGCGUAUGUUUUACUGUGUAUACUCUCAACAACAAAAUUAAUUUUAAAAAUUUGAGAAAUAUACAGAGGAGCCCUCUUGCCCUAUUCCAUGUGUAAAAUCCUCUGGGUUGGAGCACUUGGGUGUUGGCAGGGGUGGGCACAGAGAUCGUUAAAACUAGCAGAAAUGAAACUUACUAAGGCUCUUUUCCCCAAAACCUAACAAUAAAUACUGGGUUCAAAACAGCGAGAAUAGGCUAAGGAAAGUGAAUCAUAGGAAGUUCUCAUCAUUUUUCUCAAAUAACCAAAGAGCAGUAUUCCCCAUUGGCGAGAGUUUCAUAAAGAAGUUAGGAAAUGUUUUUGUAGAUGAGCGUGUAUCAUUCUGAUAAUAAUACCAACGGAUCCCCUUAUAAUUCCUUUUUCUUUACAAAAAAAUGAUAUUCAAAAAUAAGUGCCAUAUACUCUAGGAAAAAAAAAAGGAUCAUAACUGCUAUGGUUUUGAGUGUUUAUUUUGUGCUAAGUACACUGGUGGUGCAAUGGUGAAGCACUCAGCUGCUAACCGAAAGCUUGGCGAUCUCAACCCACACAGCGGCUCUGUGGGAGAAAAGACCUGACAAUCUGCUUUUGUAAAGGUUGACCGGUUGCUGUCAAGUCGGUUCCGACUCAUAGCGACCUCAUAGGACACAGUGCCCCAUAGUAUUUCCAAGAAUGUAAUCCUUACAAAAGCAGACUGCCACAUCUUCCCCCCCGGGGAGCGGCUGAUGGGCUCAAACCACUGACCUUUUGGUUAGCAGCUGAGCGCUUAACCACUGUGCCACCAGGGCUCCUUCCUGAAGGUUACAGGCAAGAAAGCCGUAUGGGGCGAUUCUACUCUGUCACACGGGGUUGCUAUUAGAGUCCACUCGACAGCACCCAACAACUACAACUGUUUUGGAAAUAAAGUCAGGGGCCAGGGUCACACAGCUCUUCAGUGGUGGAGGAAUGGUUGGGAUGUAGACAGUCCUUUCUUUCCUGGAAGAUGUUUUUCAGAGGCGAGAGGUUUAUACCAGCUCAGCCUGUGGUGACACUGUGAUGUUUAUCACCUUUCCUGUGUGAGAACCCCGUGUUAGCCUGAGGCCCUGGGAUUUCACCCUGUGCUUUGCAAAGCCUAGACGAGGCCCCAGAAGCCCCUUCUGUGGUUGCCCCAGGCUUAGAGUAGCUAAGCCUGUCCAAGAAGCAGGUCGUUCCAGGCAGAGAAUUUUCACUGGAGGAGGUUGAAAAACUGAACUGAGCCAUUAUGGUCACAGGACACAGCCCUGUCCACAACAGUAAAUGCUUAAUUAGAUGAUGCUCCCCUCAUGUACAGUUAUCUGUCCCCACCCCAAGGUCUAUGGAACCUUCAGCUUUCUCAGGGCAAAAAGUGGCAUCUAAUACUUCUCCUUCUAAGUGAUCAUCUUAAUUGGGGGGAAAAAAACAAAAAACAUUGAGCUGCUAAAGGGGGAAGGUUUUUAAAGUAAUCCAAUUUUUAAAAUUGGAUUGUAGUCGCUGGACGGUGCAAGCAGUUAACAUGCUUAGCUGCUAACUGAAAAUUGAAUAUUUGAGUCCACCCAGAGGUGCCUCAGAAGAAAGGCCUGGCUGUCUUCUGAAAAAUCAGUCAUUGAAAACCUUAUGGAGCACAGUUCUGCCCUGACACACAUGGGGUUGCCCUGAGUCGGCGUCGACUUGAUGACAACUGUUUGUUUGGUUGGUUGGUUGGUUGGUUUUUCUUUAAUUGGAUUGCCAAGGCUUAAAAGAUUGCAUUUGUGGGCAGGGGUUGGGGAGAGGAUCAUCUGACUGCCCUUUGCAUUUUGUAAUAAAUAAGUUUAUCCCAAGUUUUUGGUCCUGUAAACUUUAUGGAGAUAGCCAACAGACAGAAGGUGUCGUCAUAUGCUGUGAUUUUCAGCAUCCUGAGAUUGUCAGUUGCUCAUAGAGCUAUGAGGCAAACACUAGAUUUAAGCCCAAAUAACAGGAGCAUUUACCGUAUGUAGCUGCAAAAGAGACAGAGCUACAUAAAAUUGUAGAAGCUGUAUGAACAUAACACAGUUUUAUAUUAUAGCCUAUAUUCGAAUGCAAAAUCUUUGGGGAAAAGGUAGCCAAAACAGCAUUUACACUGGCUUGAAUUCUUAAUACUUAUCCCCCACAUAGUACCUCAGACAGCUUUGUGCAGUCAUGAAAUUAAGUAGCAAUAUUGUAUUGAGCUGAGGAAAGAAAGAAGAUUUAGGAAUAAAUUGUCAAGGCAGGUUCUAUUAAAGGCCUUCUGUAGUAGACACCACGGAUUUCUUAUUCAGAUAACCUUAGCAGUUUUGGUUGCACAUGCAAGGUAGUACUCGACAGGUAAUAUUGAUUUUUUAUAACCCUAUAAAAUAUUGUCUUAUGACAUAGGAGAGCUCUUAGGUAUUUUUUAAUAUAUAUGUUCUGAAAGUGGGGGAUUUUUUUCCUGGAAUAAUAAUGACACUUAGCAUUUUUCUAGAAAAGAUUUUAAACUUCUCUUUUUCCUCCAAUGAAUUUUUAUUUCCAUUAUUAUUUUUUCUUUAAGGGUAGGGUUGCAUAGCUGAUUAUUUUAAUUGACAUCAAUGAGUUGUACACCUGUAAAAAGUGGAAUUGGCAGAAGUUCUGUGAUAGCACAGUACAGGAGAGGUCAGCACAACUGGACUAAACCAAAAGCAAAGAAGUUCCCUGAAUACAACCGAAUGCUUUGAAGCCCAGCAUAGCAGGGACAGGGGUCUGGGGACCAUGGUUUCAGGGGAUAUCUAGGUCAAUUGCCAUAAUAAAAUCUAUUAAGAAAACAUUCUACAUCUCACUUUGGAGAGUGGCAUCUGGGGUCCUAAACGCUAGCAAGCAACCAUCUAAGAUGCAUCAGUUGGUCUCUACCCACCUAGAGCAAAGGAGAAUGAAGAGCACCAAAGAUACAAGGUAAUUAUGAGCCCAAGAGACAGAAAGGGCCACGUAAAUCAGAGACUACAUCAGCCUGAGACCAGAAGAACUAGAUGAUGCCCGGCUACAACCAAUGACUGCCCUGACAGGGAACACAACAGAGAACCCCUGAGGGAGCAGGUGUGUGGUGGGAUGCAGAUCUUAAAUUCUCAUAAAAAGACCAAACUGAAUGGUCUGACUGAAACUAGAAGUGCCCCAGAGGUCUUGGUCCCCAGACCUUCUGUUAGCCCAAAACUGGGACCAUUCCCAAAACCAACUCUUCAGACAGGGAUUGGACUGGACUAUAAGAUAGAAAAUGAUACUGGUGAGGAGUGAGCUUCUUGGCUCAAGUGGACAGAUGAGACUAUGUGGGCAGGUCCUGUCUGGAGGGGAGAUGAGAAGGCAGAGAGAGACAAAAGCUGGCUGAAUGGACGUGGGGUAUACAGGGUGGAGAGAAGGAGUAUGCUGUCUCAUUAGGUGGGCAGCAACUAGGAGUACAUAGCAAGGUGUAUGUAAGUUUUUGUAUGAGUGACUGACUUGAUUUGUAAACUUUCACUUAAAGCACAAUUGAAAAAAAAAAAAGUUCUGUGAUAGAUAUAUUUACAACAAUGACCAAAAAAAAAAAAAAUCAGAGUAGUUGCUGAGGCUGCUUAUGUACAACCAAACACCUCAUGGGAUUUGGUUCCUUGGUUUGAAGGUUUAGGGUCAUGGUUUCAUGGUACAUCCCGGUUAGUCUAAUUAGAUAUGUAGUGCUUACAUUCUACCUCCUAGUUUGUUGCAUAGUGCUUGGGGUCACAAAAGCUUGCAAGCACCGAUCCAAGUCGCAACAAUUGGUCUCUAUUUGCCUGGAGCAACAGAGGGAGAAAGGGAGUCAGGAAUAGGAGGAGGAUAUGGGAUUGUGUGGCUGAUGUCUCUGUGAAUAACUAUGUCCUUUGCCAUGAGGCCAGAUGAACUGGAUGGUGCCCGGCACCAUUACUGAAUAUUUCAAUCAAAGAUUCCAUAGAAGAAUCCUGAUCAAAAGGGGGAAAAUGCAGAACAGAAGUUCAAAUCCCAUGAACUCUAGACUUUCUGGAGCCGUGGAGGCUGGAUGAACCCCUGAAACUAUUGCCCUGAGAUAAUCUUUAAAAUUUAACCAAAAAUAUUACCUGAAGUCUUCUUAAAACCAAGCAAUAAUUUAGCUUAACUAAUAAAAAAGAUCUGCCUUGAGCAUUAUGCUCUUUUAAGAACUAUGUAUAUGGGAUCGAAGUGACAACAGCAACUCAAAAGAUUAGGCAGGAACCUUAGGGACCAGUGAGUUUAUGUUAAUAAGGGAGAAACAACUCAGAAAAGGAGGGUAAGAAAGGUUGUACAACUCAAAGAAUAUAAUCAAUGUCACUAAAUCGUACAAGUAGAAACCAUUGAACUAGUAUAUGUUUUGCUGUGUAUAUUCUCAACAACAAUAACAAAAUAAAUAAAAUAUAAAAAAAAAGAAGGAGGAGCAAUCUCCCUGUUGUCAGAAUUGGCCUGAUGGCAACGGGUUUUGGGAUUGAAUGAAUUCAAUUUAAAAUUCUUGGUCAUUAAAUCAGUGGUAUCCUUAGGGGGGGUCUGUGGAGUGCAGACCACACUGGGUGACACUGUCAUGGGAGGUGACACCAAAAUGACUGUCUAUAAAAUGUGUAGUAUUUCAGCAGAAAUUUAUUAUUUUAUAUAAAAAUACUCCUGUAGUUACAACAACAGAAACAUUUUUCUUAAGCCCAGCUUACGUGUAUCAAUAUACUAUACUUAUAAGGCUAAAGGAAACCCUGGUGGCGUAGUGGUUAAGUGGUCGGCAGUUCAAAUCCGCUAGGUGCUUUUUGGAAACUCUUUGGGGCAGUUCUACUCUGUCCUCUAGGGUCACUAUGAGUCAGAAUCUACUUGACGGCAGUGGAUUUUUUUUUUUUUUUAAUAAGGCUAAAACUCUGUGCUAAUUCACUUUUGAACCUUCUAAUGCCCUGCAAUCAGAGCUGUCAUUAUUACCCAAUCACAGUGACACUUUGAAUCACAUGGUUUCCUCUGCACAUACUACAAGCACUUGCUGUUGUUUCAUUGCUGUGGGUGUUUUUAUAGUCACUGAUUUCGUCAUAUUUUCCAGUGUUGUAGCUACAGUAUUGUGGUGAGUGUGUAGCAUGGGGCGGGGGGGUGAUACAUGAGUUACUGCGCUGGGUCACACCAACCCUAGUGACACCACUGAAUUAAAUAUAAAACUGAAUUAUCCUUAAAACCACAGUUGGUGAGCUAUUACUAUCUUCUAAUGGCAUUUACAGAAAGUUUCAAUAAAUGUUUGUUGAAUUGAAUGCAUAGCCCUUCUUUACCAUAUUCUCGUCACUCGGCAGCAAAACAAAAUUGUCUAUCAACAUAAAAUGUGCCUGAUAAAUAAGGUUUUCUUUCCUUUAUUUGUCAAACAUCUGAAUACCAACUAAAUGUCAGGCACUGUGGUAGGUGCUGGGGAUACAAUGAUGAAUAAGUGUCAACUGCGAGUUCACAGACUAAUGGGAGAAAAAGACAAAUAAAUAAAAAACCAGUUGCCAUCAAGUUGACUGUGACUCAUGGUGACCUCAUGUGUGUCAGAGUAGAACUGUGCUCCGCAGGGUUUUCAUUUUUUUUUUAAUUGUACUUUAGAUGAAGGUUUACAGAACAAACUAGCUUCUCAUUAAACAAUUAGUACACAUAUUGUUUUGUGACAUGGUUACCAACACCACGAUAUGUCAACAUUCUCCAUUCUCAACCUUGGGUUCCCUGUUACCAGCUUUCCUGUCCACUCCUGCCUUCCUGUCCUUGCCCCAGGGCUGGUGUGCCCCUUUACCCUCGUUUUGUUUCAUAAGCCUGUCUAAUCUUUGGAUGAAGGGUAAACCUCAGGAGUGACUUCAUUACUGAGCUAAAAAGGUGUCCAGGGGCCUUACUCUCUGAGUCUGUCCAGUCUCUGGCAGGCCGGUAAGUCUGGUCUUUUUUUGUGAGUUAGAAUUUUGUUCUACAUUUUCUCCAGCUCUGUCCAGGAUCCAUUAUUUUUUUUUAAUAUCAGUGACUGUAUACACUGAUGUCUAUUUCCAUAUCUAUACAAUGGUGUUUCCAUUUAUGUACAUGUUGUUGUAACAAGAGCCCUCAUGAUGCAGUGGUUAAAGCACUCAGCUGCUAACUGCAAAGUCUGUGGUUUAAACGCACCAGCCACUCCAAAUGAGAAAGAGGUAGCAGUCUGCUUCCGUAAAGAUUUACAGCCUUGUGGAGCAGUUCCACUCUGUUCUAUAGGGUCAUGGUGAGUAGGAAUCAAGAUGAUGGCAGUGGGUUUGGGGUUUGGUUGUUAUUGUUAGUUGCUGUCAAGUCAGCUCCAAAUCAUGGUAACCUCAUGUACAAUAGAGCUAAGUAUUGCCCAGUCCUGUGCCAUCUUCACCAUCCUUGCUAUGCUGGAAUCCGUUGUUGCAAUCACUGUGUAUUUGGAGUGCUUUCCAACCACGGGGACUCAUCUUCUAGCACUAUUUAUCAGACAGUAUUCUGUUGUGAUCCAUAAGGUUUUCACUGGCUAGUUUUCAGAAUUAGAUUGGCAGUCCUAUCUUCCUAGUCUGUCUGAGUCUGGAAGUGCCACUGAAACCUGUCCACCACGGGUUACUCUGCUGGUAUUUGAAAUACUGAUGACAUACCUUCCAACAUCACGGCAACGUGCAAGCCACCACAGAAUGACAGACAGACAGAUGGGUGGUGGAUGUAUACACAUACAAACACACAUGCGUAAAUACAUACAGAUUGGAUUUUUCUUUUAGGUUUUAUCUAUGGGAAUAAAGUUGAUUGAUUGUGAAUAAUCAAAAGUUUCCUUAUUCUGUUCUGAUACUUGUUUAAAAAGUUAUUUUCUUCACCAGAAGGGCUUCGCAACACACUUAAAGUGCACGUUUUUUACUGUGACUUUCCAAGCCCCACACACUCUGCCCAUACCUACCUUUCCUUGCCCUUGCAGACCACUCUAGACAUACUGGCCUUCAAGCUUGCUGUUUCUUCUGAUGGGAGUUGGCUUCUUGUCAUCAUUUUGAUCUCAGCUCAAAUAUCACUCCUGAG